AUGGGGGAUGCAUUAGUAAACAACUUCAUCUGCAGAUUCGAGUUACCGAUGGAGAUGCACUCAGACCAGGGCUGCAGUUUUAAAACCGCCAUAUUCCAGGAUAAUCCAGCAAGUGACACCAUCAGCGGCCAGAAUCACGAAAAUGACAUUAUCGGCUGCCAGAAUCACGCAACUGACACCAUCGGCGGCCAGAAUAACGAAAAUGACAUUAUCGGCUGCCAGAAUCACGCAACUGACACCAUCGGCGGCCAGAAUAACGAAAAUGACAUUAUCGGCUGCCAGAAUCACGCAACUGACACCAUCGGCUGCCAGAAUCACGCAACUGACACCAUCGGCGGCCAGAAUCACGAAAAUGACAUUAUCGGCUGCCAGAAUCACGCAACUGACACCAUCAGCGGCCAGAAUAACGAAAAUGACAUUAUCGGCUGCCAGAAUCACGCAACUGACACCAUCGGCGGCCAGAAUCACGAAAAUGACAUUAUCGGCUGCCAGAAUCCAGCAAGUGACACCAUCAGCGGCCAGAAUCACGAAAAUGACAUUAUCGGCUGCCAGAAUCAAGCAAGUGACACCAUCAGCGGCCAGAAUCACGAAAAUGACAUUAUCGGCUGCCAGAAUCCAGCAAGUGACACCAUCAGCGGCCAGAAUAACGAAAAUGACAUUAUCGGCUGCCAGAAUCAAGCAAGUGACACCAUCAGCGGCCAGAAUCACGAAAAUGACAUUAUCGGCUGCCAGAAUCCAGCAAGUGACACCAUCAGCGGCCAGAAUAACGAAAAUGACAUUAUCGGCUGCCAGAAUCCAGCAAGUGACACCAUCAGCGGCCAGAAUAACGAAAAUGACAUUAUCGGCUGCCAGAAUCCAGCAAGUGACACCAUCAGCGGCCAGAAUAACGAAAAUGACAUUAUCGGCUGCCAGAAUCACGCAACUGACACCGUCGGCGGCCAGCUGACCUCGCGAGCAGCUGCGACCACCUCCAGGCCCUGCGACACGCGUGGCCGCCACAACCAAGUAUACACCACCGCCCCCUACGGGAAGCCUUAA